ACGUCAGCGGCGCGUGCGCGCCACAGUGGACGGCACUGCAGAAGCAGGCGAGUUCGCGAGUAUAUCGAUUUUACGAUCGUGUCUCUCGCCGCUAGUGCGUCCGUUUCCUUUAGUUUUUAGUGGCCGUGCUCGUGGUACAUGGAGAAAAUUGUGAAUGGGAUUAGUCGCUAGUUGUUUCGCUUCGUACAUCCGCUGACUCGCAACCGUUCGUCACCCUCGCCAUGACCAAGGAUAGAUUAGCAGCCCUCGUCGCGGCCCAGUCGGACGACGAUGACGUGGCGGACGACGUGUCCGUCAACGUCGGGGGCCAAGAUGACUUCAUGACAGAGUUUUUUGCUGAGGUGGAGGAGAUCCGUGAAAUGAUAGACAGGAUCCAGACGAACGUCGAGGAUGUCAAGAAAAAACACAGUGCCAUCUUGUCGGCACCGCAGACCGACGAAAAGGUUAAGAUGGAACUGGAGGACCUUAUGUCGGACAUUAAGAAGACGGCCAACAAAGUCAGAGCCAAGUUAAAGGUGAUAGAGCAAAAUAUCGAGCAGGAAGAGCACACAAACAAAUCGUCGGCGGAUCUGAGGAUACGCAAGACACAGCACUCGACGCUGUCCAGGAAGUUCGUCGAGGUGAUGACGGAGUACAAUCGGACGCAGACCGAUUACAGAGAGCGAUGCAAGGGAAGGAUACAGCGACAGCUGGAAAUCACGGGAAGAACGACCACCAACGAGGAACUCGAGGAAAUGUUGGAACAGGGAAAUCCGGCCGUGUUCACGCAAGGGAUCAUCAUGGAAACGCAACAAGCGAAACAAACGCUCGCCGAUAUCGAGGCUCGCCACGCCGACAUCAUCAAAUUAGAGAACUCGAUUAGGGAGCUCCACGACAUGUUCAUGGACAUGGCCAUGUUGGUGGAGAGCCAGGGCGAGAUGAUAGAUCGCAUAGAGUACCACGUAGAGCACGCGGUGGACUACGUGCAGACGGCUACCCAGGACACGAAGAAAGCACUCAAGUAUCAAAGCAAAGCCCGACGGAAGAAGAUCAUGAUCAUGAUAUGCGUCGCCAUACUUGUCGUCGUUCUGGCCACCACCGUCGCUGGAUACUUUGGACUGUGAACGCCGCAAACAGAACAGUCCAAAGACGUCGCCGUCGUGUGUACGAGUGCGAGUGUGAACCACCGGCAGCAUGUUAACCCAGGUAAAGCGGGCCGAAACGCAGGACACCGGACCGUUUCGGAGUCGAACGAUCGCCAAGGUCCGCCCGGUCGACGUCGGAAGCGUCGACUGUCCCGUCGACUGUCCCGCCGACGAUGCGGUAGCCAGCAGCCUCCACGUCCUCGUCGACGAGCAUCGCUUCUCGUUUCGGCCUCGGUCGUCGUCCAAAUAAUCCUGCUGUUGCUUGUCCACGAAAAAGAUCGGCCGCCGAACGACAGUGGAACAACGAGUAGAGGAACGUCACCGCCAUCGUCGUCGUCAUCGUCACCGUCAUCCUCAUCCAGUUCACCGGCGCCAACCUCAUCGGGAUCACGGAGAUCAUCGAAAUCAUCGAGAUCAUCGCCACAGCCGCCGCUGUCGUAUGCACGAUCGUCGUUCGUCGCGACUGCGCCGACCACGGCGAGAUCGGUUCCGUCUCGUUCGAUUCCCAGCGAAUCCGCGAUCGACCUUGAUAGAUCGACAAGGUCGUGGCCCGGUCUCGCGAUCGUCGGUGUCCCGGUAGACGCGUUCUCUCGUCCGCCUGGGCCGCCGAUUCUCUUCUCUGUUGCUUCCGCUCGUCGCGUGUCGUCGACGGAUUCGGCUGGAACCGACGCAGACGCGACGCGAUCAUCCGUCGCAGCGACGGAGGGGGACCGGCCUCGAGCAGGGCUGGCUUGCUCGAUCGUCGUUCUCCUGCGGUUGCGUGGAAACACCACAGUCUUGGCGUGCCAGAGCCGUUCGGCCUAUCAUCGCGUACCAAACGGCGAUCGGAUCAACUGCUCGUGUCCGAGUCGACGAUUAUUACCUGGCGAUUCGAUAAUCGCGAACCUAUGGUUCGACUUCCCCGUACCGCGACAACAAACUGUCUCUUUUCACUCUCACUGUCUCUCACUCUGUCUCUCUUUUUCUCUCUCACCCUCUUUCUCUGUACUCUGACCUCACUUUCUUUCUACGCCCGGUUUCUUUACGCUUUUCGUUUUCUAUUCUCAAGCGGAAUCGUCGUCCAUCGGGGACGCGUUCCGUCGGCCGUUUAACGUUUAAUCGAGCUUGAACGUUCGAGUCCGUCUCGCGAGAGGAGAAACUCGCGAACAGACAAUCGUCGUCGUCGUUUCCGUUCCUACGAUCUGUUACUGCGAACCCGGGAUUUUCUUCUUUCGGGAGACAGGGCUCCGUAGCUUCUCGCGUGUCUCGGUUGUAUCGUAGAGGAGGUGAGGAAACAGUCGACAGACUCGUGCGUUCGCUACAUAUCAUGUACGCCGUCUGCGAGGGGUGAAUAUCCGUUUGUCCCGCUUGCGAAUCUCGAGACUCGUCGGUGUUUGGACCCGUCGAAGAUGCGAACGCCGCCAGCCACGCUUCGCAGCCAGAUGAAAUCCAAUAUCUUUGCCCGGCGGAGAAGCGCGAACACGAACCGCUUUCGAACCUCUGGAACGCGAUAGAACGUCUUUGGUUUACCCGAACUUUUAUCCGCACUUUCCGUUGCUGCCACCGACACAAGCGAAGCGAACUUAUUGUCCAACGUCCAACGUGUCCAGCGUAUCGUUCGCCGAACCACGGCAGUGAAUGUGGGCUUACGACACAACGACAACGACGACGACGACGAGCGUAAUUACGUCCUGAUUAUCGUCGCGCCACGACAAAAUCUUCCCACAGUCUUUUCCCCCGGUCGAAGUCAUUUUGUACGAUAGCGCCUCGUGCGGUACGAUAACGUAGAAUUCUUCGUUCCUGAUUUCUCUGAGCGAACGGGGCUUCGAAAAAAAUUCCGAGACACUUAGAUCCGUAGACUCCGCAAAUUUAUCGUGCAAGCGUACAAUAAUGAUUUUGUCGAUGCGCGAAGUUGGGACGCGGACACGGGCGCUUCGCGGAUCCAGCGAAACCGUUUGUUUUUGUCGCUUCGAUGAUUUUGGAUCGGCGGCGCGCCGUCGAUCGCUAGAAGAAUUUGUUCAGAGUCGGGAUAACAGAUCACAAUCUCCGCAAAGAUUGCGCUCGCAUGUGCGUGCGUCGUCUUUGGAACGAAUUGAGAUAUAUGCAUAUAUAUACAUAUACAUAUAUAUGUAUAUGUCUUUCUCUCUCGCCGCGCCGUGUUCGAGAACAAACGCCGAAAGAGGCUAACAGAUGCGACGCAGAAUUGAAAAGGGAAGCUACGCGCGAGAAAGGGGAAAUGAGGUGGUGUCUAUAAAGCUGCAGCAAUAAUAUAAUAUAGGUGUUAUGGGGAAAUAAUUAACGGUAAUACAAACGUCGAUAAUAAUAUCUGGGUCGUACCGAUGUACCGUACGUACGCGAAAAAUGUAUACAAGCGUAUAUAAGUACACAGAGCAACACGAGCGGGGAGAUGCGUUUGCGCGCCCGAAACCACACUCGACAUACACACACGCACACAUGCAUACAUACAUACAUACGUACACAAAUACACAUAUAACGGACAUCAAAUAUUGACACGUAAACAUAAUACAUAUACAUAUACACUAGAGAUACGCGAGCGAGAGCGCAUGCACACACAUAGAGAAGUCAUACUGAACACGUACACACGAGAACGAUGAACACAGAGAAACACACGCGUGCACACGUACAUGCAAACACUCACGCGUUACAUGUAUAUAUGAAUAGUUAGUCGGCACAGUCGAAAAGAGUAAUAUAUUAACGAUAAUAAUUUAUUAUUCGCGACGCCUGUUGCUCGUGAACUAUCAAUUAACUAAUCGCUUUUCGAGCAAGGAACGAGCGACGUUCGUGUUAAUGUUUUGUUGAUUAUAUUAUAUGAACGUUGAGGUACCAUAUAUUUAAAAAGAUUAUGGGUUAAUGUUUCAAAAUGAUAUAACGAUAAAAAAAGAUGAAGAGAAUUUCCGCAUUCCGCAGGGCGGUCGUGUACGCCGGCACGCGCUCGCCUCGCCUCGCCUCGCCUUGCUUCGCCUCACUUCGACAAAAGCAAAAGAAACAAACAAACAAAAAAAAAGAAAUAAAACAGUAACAGAAAAAGGAAAAGAGAACGAAGAAAAUGGCGAUAACCCGAGCGACGCGACGCCGCGUGCUGCCGACGACUAUUAUAAAAACGAUUAUUAUAUCGUAACGAAACAUGAAUAGGGGCGAAGAAAAAAAAUGAUAUAUAAAUGAAACAAGCGGAAGGAAAGUACGACGCGUUUUACGAUGACGAUCACGAAGACGAAGAGGACGAUACUAAAUGAUAAACGAUAAAAACUACCGAUACUUAAAGAAUCACUUUGCAUUGUACAGAGGCAUAAUAAUUGUUAGUUUAUAGAUAGUUACGUUGCCACGAUCUAUUUACUUGAUCAUUCGUUAACGAAUAACGAUGAACGUUUACGUGUAAUCCCUCUGCGACGAGCCGAAGAGAUCGUCGGUAAGCAACUGCGCGUACGCUCGAUCAUCGCCGAGAUCCGAAUCGCGAUCGUGGACGAUCGAGCAACGCGCGUGCAUCGUGUUCAGUGUUCCGUCGACGAAAUCGACGCUCCCGUUCGCGUUCGAACCUCUCGUUAUUCCGCCGAUCGCGAUCGAGAGAUUUCUCUCUUUUUUUUUUUUCUUUCCAUCGAUCCUACUUAACGAACGAUCGAAGAAAUUCUUUCUCUCUUUCUCUCUACGCAUUUCUCUGUCUGUCUCCGCUGUUCUCUGUUCUUCGCGAGAGAUUCGAUAGCUCCCCCUAAUCGCCAUCUUGUAUCAUGAUUGCCGAUUCCAGUAUUUAAUCGUUGUAGCACUCGGCAGCGGAACCUUUCACUCGUGGAAAUCUCUCGAUGCGACCGGUACCACCGUGUAUCCUCCGAGCUGAUCGUUCCAUUCCAUUGUGUAUCGCCGAUCGAUCGAUUGAUCUUCGGUCCCUUGGCGAAUCCACGCGAUAUAGGAAUUGAAGAAAUCGAACCGCGCGCGCUUAUUCAUCAUCGAACGUUUCUGCCGGGGCUUGUCGAUCGACAACAAUUCGCGGCACUCGGUUUGGCCUAACGAACGAACUUACAUUGUUUUAUCCUCCUCUGUGUCUCUUUGUCUCUCUCUUUCUGUCUCUCUUUCUCUCACCCUUUAGCUUGACUCUCGUUCUGUCCGUUCUCGCGUUCUUAGCUAGCGACGCACAGUAGAUUCGAAUUUAUCGGCUCGGGAAUCGGGGAACACGGUUCACGGGGACCGUGCGAUGUUCUAAAGAAACGGCCUUUGGCUAUCAUAUAACAUGGAAUGAGAGAAAGAAGGGGUGAGAAAGAGCGGAAGAGGGUGCAUGUGUAUGUGCGAGAGAGAGAGAGAGAAAGAGAGCGAGAGAUAAAUUGGAUAACAGAUUCGCGCAAGGGAGCCGCGAACAACCGAGCCGAACGAAACGAUCGGCGACGGAUGGAACGAGGGCACGACGAAAAUCGGGAUCGAGAGGAUCGAACAAAGGGGCAGUAGGGGAGGGUUUGUCCGCGGGGGGAGAGGAAAACCGCGACGGAGCAGAGGGAACGCUUUAGAAAUCUUGAUCGCGACAAACCGUCGAGAGCGUAGACUAAUACUGGUCGUGUCGCAUCGGUGCAAUUAUUACUUCGAGAGACUAUUUAAAUAACCUUAUGAGUGUCAAUUCCACUUUCAAACCGUAAAUCGUAAGUUUGCGAAUGUUUUGAGACAAAAGAAAACAAACGAACAAAAAUAAAGAGCGAUCGAAUGGAA